CCGGAAACGGAACUUUCUCUUCCGGGUCGAGCGUCCGGGGGAGGCCGCACGUGUCUGUGGUGCCGCGGUUUUAACUCCUGUGGAGUAGAAGUGACUGGAACCGUCUCCCAGAGGCAGCGAGCGGAUUCGGAGCCAUGGAGGGCCAGAGCGUGGAGGAGCUGCUGGCAAAGGCGGAGCGGGACGAGGCAGAGAAGCUGCAGCGCAUCACGGUGCACAAGGAAUUGGAGCUGGAGUUCGACCUGGGUAAUUUGCUGGCCUCUGACCGGAACCCCCCGACCGGGCUGCGGCACGCGGGACCCACACAGGAGGCCGAGCUGAAGGCCCUGGCGCGGGACAACACGCAGCUGCUCAUCAACCAGCUGUGGCAGCUGCCGACCGAGCGCGUGGAGGAGGCGCUGGUGGCACGGCUGCCGGAACCCAGCACUCGUCUGCCGCGCGAGAAGCCGGUGCCCCGGCCGCGGCCGCUUACUCGCUGGCAGCAGUUUGCGCGCCUCAAGGGUAUCCGUCCCAAGAAGAAGACCAAUUUGGUGUGGGACGAGGUGAGCGGCCAGUGGCGCCGCCGCUGGGGCUACCAGCGCGCCCGCGACGACACCAAGGAGUGGCUGAUCGAGGUGCCGGGCAAUGCCGACCCCAUGGAGGACCAGUUCGCCAAGCGGAUUCAGGCUAAGAAGGAACGGGUGGCCAAGAACGAGCUGAACCGGCUGCGUAACCUGGCCCGCGCGCACAAAAUGCAGCUGCCCAGCGCGGCCGGCAUGCACCCUACCGGACACCAGAGUAAGGAGGAGCUGGGCCGUGCCAUGCAGGUGGCCAAGGUCUCCACUGCCUCUGUGGGGCGCUUCCAGGAGCGCCUGCCCAAGGAGAAGGCGCCCAGGGGCUCCGGCAAGAAGAGGAAGUUUCAGCCUCUUUUCGGGGACUUUGCGGCCGAGAGAAAGAGCCAGUUGGAGAUGCUGCGAGUGAUGAACAGCAAAAAGCCUCAAUUGGACAUUACGAGGGCCACCAAUAAGCAGAUGAGAGAGGAGGACCAGGAGGAGGCGGCCAAGCGGAGGAAAAUGAGUUCGAAGGGCAAGAGAAAGGGGGGCCGACAGGGUCCUGGGGGUAAGGGGAAAGGGGGCACACCCGGCCACGGAGGGAAGAGGAGAGGGGGUGUGGGAGGCAAGAUGAAUUCCGGGCCUCCCGGCCUGAGUGGCAAGAGAAAAGGGGGGCAACACCAAGGAGGAAAGAGGAAGAAGUAAAUUUCAUCCUUGGACCUUCUCCUAAAACAAGAACUGUACUUAAUGCUAAGUUCUAGAUACAGUACCCAGAUGUACAAGAUUUGGCCACUGCCUUCAUUGAGCUUGAAGUUAAAGGGCCAGGUCUGUCCUCCUCUGAAGAUGAUAUGUAAAUGUUGGACUGGACAAAUUAAUGUAUUUCCCACAACCAAAACUCGGGCUGGAGAUUAAAGGUUGUAUUUAAGGAUAUCUGAUUUAGGGAAAGAAUCUGUGAAAACUAGGAAUUUUAAACAGACUUUUUUUUCUUUUUAAACCUUGUAUGGGGUUUAAGGGAGAGACUUAAUAGCUGGUUUCUGCAUUAUUUUGAUGACAAGUUUGUGUAUUUAUCAAAGCAGGUGGGAACAAAAAGGUUAUAUUUUCAAGACUGUUGUAAAGGUUUUAUAUUAAAAAUGUGUCUGUGUCUAA